AUGUAUAGCGGGUGUAUGGCAGAUCAGUGUUCUGUCGGAGGAAUUCAGCAAGGUUAUGCGCUGAGCUUACACACACCUUCCAGGAAUCUGCUGCGAUGUCGUCAGCAAGCAGCCCCUGGCUCCAUGUGCUGCCGAACACUUUUCUGAAGAUCCGCCGUACCUCUCGCUCCUGCAGCGGCCAGACUGAGUGCAAGUCAGGCGGGUUCUCGAACUCCUCAAAGAACGAUUCGCGAUUCGAUGAGUGCAAGAUGAUCUGCCGGCUGCAAAUGUACGACUUGAUGGACAGGUAUCGGAGCCGCGCUGUGAAGUUGUCAUGGUCACUGCCGCCAAAGUACUUGCGAUUGCUUGGUUCGGUCAGGCUACCUUUGAGAUGCUUUGGCGGCUUCAGGCUAUCGAAUAGACUUUGCAAGCGGGCUGUGCACUUUUGGAACUCCGGGUAUUCAGAGAUGAGCUUAGCGCUGUGCUGUAGCAGAGAUGUGCUUGGGCUCUGGGCGGUAGCGGACUUGCCGUGGAAAUUGGACGCCGGGAAUGGCCGGUCAGCCUACUACAGCCAGCUUCUGUCCGUACCUUGAGGGCUUUGCGUCGUUAAGGAAGCGGAUUAUCCGGCUGUCUAGCGUGUUGAGUUCGCAGAGAAGCACAAACGUGUGGAUAUUGCUCCUGAGAUGACAACCCGGCGACUAGUUUGCGACUGUGCCCCUGCGGCCUUCCUCUCCCACACCCACGUAUCCUUGCUUGCGUCGUUGCCCUCGGAU